AUGCUCUGGGAACUGUAUGCAUUUGUGUUUGCCGCCUCAGUUGUUUUUAAUUUUGUAGGAGUCGUUGCAAAUUUAUUUAUUAUAGUGAUAAUUUCUAAGACCUGGGUCAAAAGUCACAAAAUCUCCUCUUCGGAUAAGAUCCUGUUCAGCUUGGCCAUCACUAGAUUCCUGACCCUGGGGUUGUUUCUACUGAACACUGUCUACAUUGCUACAAACACUGGAAGGUCAGUCUACUUUUCCACGUUUUUUCUCUUGUGUUGGAAGUUUCUGGACUCCAACAGUCUCUGGCUAGUGACCUUUCUGAACUGCUUGUAUUGCGUGAAGAUCACUCAUUUCCAACAUCCAGUGUUUCUUCUGUUGAAACGGACUGUCUCUAUGAAGACCACCAGCCUGCUGCUGGCCUGCCUUCUGAUUUCUGCCUUCACCACUCUCCUAUAUUUUGUGCUCACACAGAUAUCACGUUUUCCUGAACACAUAACUGGGAGAAAUGACACAUUAUUUGACAUCAGUGACGGCAUCUUGACGUUAGCGGCCUCUUUGAUCCUGAGCUCACUUUUACAGUUUCUGCUCAAUGUGACCUUUGCUUCUUUGCUAAUACAUUCCCUGAGAAGACAUGUACAGAAGAUGCAGAGAAACAGGAGCAGCUUUUGGAAUCCCCAGACGGAGGCUCACGUGGGCGCCAUGAGGCUGAUGAUCUGUUUCCUCGUGCUCUAUAUUCCAUAUUCAAUCGCUGCCUUGCUCUAUUUCCCUUCCUAUAUGAGAAAGAAUCUGAGAGCCCAGGCUGCUUGCAUGAUCAUUACUGCUGCUUACCCUCCAGGACAUUCUGUCCUCCUUAUUAUCACACAUCACAAACUGAAAGCUAAAGCAAAGAAGAUGUGCUGUUUCUACAAAUUGCGGGAUUUCGUUAGUAACUGACAGCAUCAGUUCAUGGUUUGGUUGCAUUAGAAACUUCUCAGUGAUCUUAGGGCUUAAUUUUGUGACCCUUUAUCUGGCAUCCUGACUCUGGGGUUGAGUGCUUAUGUUUUGGUCAACACUGCACUUCUUAGCUAAUAUUUUAAA